UGUGUUAACUUGAAUCACAAAGCCUCAAGUCUUGAUUUUAAGUCCCUUACACAUGGCAGCUUCCACACCGGAUUCAGCUUAUACUGUGCUUAAAAGCUUCAUCCCCAAGUACAUUUUAUGAGAUUACGAGAAACCAGCUGACGCAGGUCGAGCACGGGGCUUUCGGGGACACCGGGGUCAGGGGCAGCCGUCCUCUCCGCCCGGCUUGCAGUCUAGCCUCGAUUAGUUAUUGUUCCAUGUGGCCUCGGUGGGUGGACGGACGGACGGUCCACCGUGCUGCCUGUUGUUCAGCCAAUCCGCCAAUGAGAGACCGGCUGCCAGUCAGUCCCAGUCCAAUGAGAGCGGCAGGGUCUGGACUCGGAUGGAGAGUUGGGUUGUUCAAUCUGUGAGGAGGACAACAACCAGCUCUGAUAGUACCAACCGGAUGGAUGGAUGCGGGCGAUGUGUUCCUGUUUGUGCAGAUGGUGACAUUAGACAUGGGUGAUCAAGCUGGAUGUUGCCGUUGAGUUUGCUUCAGAAGUUGUGAUGUAUCAUACCAAACAGGAUCAAGCAGACUACUUUUGCAAAUGAAUUCCUGCUUGGUUACAGGACGUGUGUCCUUUCACUGAGGCCACAUGUGUAUCUGGAGAGAUGGAUCGUUGUAAGCACGUGGGACGCCUUCACCUGGGCCAGGACCAUUCUAUCCUCAAUCCUCAAAAAUGGCACUGCGUCGACUGCAGCACCACCGAUUCAGUGUGGGCCUGCCUCAAGUGCUCCCACGUGGCCUGUGGACGUUUCAUAGAGGAGCACUCGCUCAAACACUUUCAGGAGACACACCACCCUCUAGCUAUGGAGGUGCGUGAGCUGGAUGUCUUCUGUUUUGCCUGUGGAGACUAUGUACUCAAUGACAAUGCAGAGGGUGACCUCAAACUCCUCAGAGGGGCGCUCUCUACUGUUCGCAGCCCAGGUAGACGCUCACUGCGCUCCUCCACUGGGGGGGAAUGCACCCCCUGUGUAGGAAAAGGUGGGCCACAGCCUGCCAUGCAGCUAGCUCUGCGUCACAGGAGGAAAGCACUUCUUGGGAAGAUGCUUAAGGUGUGGAUAAGCAAACAUCAGGAGCUGCAGGAUCAGCGCCAAGAAAAACUUGAGGAAGCUAAAAGACAGAAAAAAGAGGUGAAAAGAAGACUCAUGGAAGAGCUUGGCAAUGUCCCUCCCAGAAAAAGUGCCAGGCUUCUUACUCAGGCGCCACGUUCAACCAUCACACUCAUUCCUCGCAAAUUUCGCGACCCUCCAGAACGCCUACCUCCUCCUCCUCCCAAGAAGCCUUCCCUCUUAACCUUGUCCCGUAAGGCCCCUCAGAAUGGCAGAGCUGCUAAACUGAGGAGAUACUACUCCUCACACACAGUGACUCGUAGGAGACUCGCUCCAGGUGUCACCGGUCUGCGCAACUUGGGAAACACAUGCUACAUGAACUCAAUAUUGCAAGUGCUGAGCCACCUGCAGAAAUUCAGGGAGUGUUUUCUCACUUUGGACUUGUGUGAGACUGAGGAGCUGCUGGCCAAGACCAACCACCAAGGGGUGAAGGGUGUAACGGGCGGUGUAGUCAGCAGUAACACAUCACUGACAGGAAGUCCUCUUGGACGCAUGGGGAAGACUGGCAGUUGGAACUUACCCUUGGGGAAAAAAGAAAGUGUCCCCCCUCCCUCACAGGCUGCAGAGUUGGUCCAGCCCAAGGAGUCCCGGUGCUCCACCCGCCAGCAGAUGUCUCUGUGCCAUGAAUUACAUACACUUUUCAGGGUUAUGUGGUCAGGCCGGUGGUCUUUAGUGUCUCCUUUUGCCAUGCUGCACUCCGUGUGGAACCUCAUCCCAGCUUUUCGUGGCUAUGACCAGCAGGACGCCCAGGAGUUUUUGUGUGAACUGCUGGACAAGGUUCAGCAGGAGCUGGACACAGAGGGGUCCAAACGCAGGAUCGUUAUCCCAAUCACAAAGAGGAAGCUAUCCAAGCAAGUGCUUAAGGUUCUGAACACCAUCUUUCACGGGCAGCUACUCAGCCAGGUUACGUGUCUGUCCUGUAAGCACAAGUCUAACACAGUCGAGCCAUUCUGGGAUUUGUCUUUGGAGUUUCCAGAGCGUUACCACAGUAUAGACAAAGGAUCAGGCUCCACAGCUUACCAACGCAGCUGCACCCUCACCGAGAUGCUGUCCAAGUUUACAGAGAUGGAGGCUCUUGAAGGCAGCAUCUACGCGUGCAACCACUGCAACAAAAGAAGACGGAAAUCAUCCCAUAAACCUUUAGUUCUGUCAGAGGCACGCAAGCAGCUUCUGAUCUACCGUUUACCUCAGGUUCUACGGCUGCACCUCAAACGCUUCAGAUGGUCGGGGCGGAACCAUAGGGAGAAAAUCGGCGUCCAUGUGGCCUUUGACCAAGUUCUGAACAUCAAACCAUACUGCUGCACGGGCUCAGGUCACUCUGUUCACAGAGGAGGCUACACCUACGAUCUAUCUGCUGUAGUUAUGCAUCAUGGUAAAGGCUUCGGCUCAGGGCACUACACCGCAUACUGCUACAAUACAGAAGGAGGUUUCUGGGUCCACUGUAACGACUCUGAGAUGAAGGUUUGCAGUGUGGAGGAAGUGUGUAACACUCAGGCCUAUAUUCUGUUCUACACCCAGAGAUCUGCAUAGGUACCUUUCGCUGUGAUGUCAACCUGUACGCAGCAGAUGAUGGCUGCAUUUAUGAAAAUGUUCUCUGAUGUUUUCCCAGAUGUCAAGGAAACAAUCACUAUGAAACGAUUUCCUAAAAAAAGAUGGAAAAGAGGGCAGUAGGACAGGCUCCUGUGAGGCAGGGGUUAAUUUUAGCAGAAUAUUUUAGAUGACAAAGAUGAUAAAUUGUAUUAUUGCCAAGGAAACAUUAUUGGUGAUUUAAAUUUAAGUGUUGGACAUCUUUCAAUUUAUUUUUAACACACGAAAAAAACCUUUUCAUAAAUGAGGCCACAGGUUUCUCACCCUAUGGGACCAGCAUAUUGGUUAAUGGCCUGAAGACUGUGGGAGCAGGUCUGUGUCCUGCAGAUCACUGAGUUUUGUGUCCAUGUUUUUAGAAGAAAAAAAAGAUAUGGCUCAUGUCUGUUGAGUCUGGAACCAAACAGGCACUCUCCUGAGACAGCAUUUUACAUUUUAAGGCAACACAGAUUCUGGAUUCUUGUAAUGUUAUUUCAGAACAUUUGAUGCCAAUGCACUACAUACAUACACUACAUGAGAAAAAGUACAUCUUUAACAGUACGGUUACACUUGAAUCUCCGUAUUCAAACAGUUACCAUUUUCCUCUGACAGCACACUUGGAGUUUGGAUGUUCAAAUGCCUGUAAAUUGUUGUGUGUCUUUAGGUUGUAAGUUGGGGAAUGUGGGAAAUCUAACAAAAUAAUUUUACCAACUUUUCAUUGAGCAAAUUUAGAAAAAAAUCAGGCGAUACUUAGUAAAGACGGGCUGUUUUCGAAACAACCUGCUACAUACUAACUACUAAUGUAGUAAUCAGUGGGUACUGCCUACUAUAUACUGCGUUUUCAUUUAGUCUGUAGUAUGACUGUUCUGUUCGAUCUGUGUUGUAGUACCCUGGUCAGACGUCACUGGACUUCCGGUUUUGGAAUGUGGAAGUAAAAAACGGCUAAGCUGAUAGUGAAACUGCGGCUGUUUUCAAAACCGCCUACUACACUAGCAGUACGUACUGAUUUGGCCAAAAUUCAGAAUGCAGUAAGUAGUAUGUGAACAAGAGCAAAAUCUGCAGUAUGCCAAAACUCUCCAGACGUCUACUGAUUCUGGAAAAUUUCACAGUAUGCAUCGGACCAGUCUGCCUCACGUACCUUUUCCGACAAUGCACAGCACUCGUUCCGCUUUUUCUUUUCUCUUUUUAAUUUGACGAGGUAACUCAGUUUUUAGGUGCUGUGAAAAUUAUUGAAUUCCACAUAAACUACUUCUUAACUUUUUAAAUCAUAAGUGAUGCUAAAGAAGCAGUUUCUCUAUCAGCUUGGCCGUUGUUUACUUCCGCUUUCCAAAACUGGAAAUUCAGUGAUGUCUGGCCCAUCGUACUGCCACACAGAUCAAACAGAACAGUCAUGCUACAUGCUAAAUUCAAAAGCAGUAUGUAAUAGGCAAUACCUACUGCCUACUACAUUAAUAGCUAGUAUGUAGCAGGCCAUUUCGAAAACAGCCUGCUUCUUAAGCAUUCUCUGAUAAAUUUAAAAAGUUAGGAAGUGGUUUAUAUGGAAUUUAAUAAUUUUCACAGUACAUAAAAACUGAGUUCCCUUCCAUCAAAAAAUGAAGAGAAAAGAAAAAGUGGAACGAGCGCUGUGCAUUGUGGGAAACAGUACACAAGGCAGACGUACUGCUAGUAUAGUAGGCGGUUUCGAAAAUAGCCAAUAUAUUCAAUUACCCCGUAACAGCUAAUGUUAGCAUUCAACCACUUACAAGCUAACCUUUAGCUAGGAAAUGGUGAUGCUAACAUUAGUCUUUCUAGAAGUAAUGUUAGCAAGGGAAACAUCAACAGUUUUCAUCUUCGCUAAUGGGUGAACAGAUAUGAUGGCUUUACAAAGAGAUGUCUGUUUUUGCCUUACCUAUUGUGUAAUAUGACACUUUUAAAAGGAAGGGUGUUAGCAUUUAGCUAAUAGCUACUAGCAAACAGCCACAUUAGCUCAUUAUUUGCUGUAUGCUAACAUUAACUCAUGGGUCUAUGGGUCAUUAAUCAUGUCAUUGUUUUUUCAAAUAUGGCCUGACACUUCCUGAUAUUUGAUCUAUUCUUUUUAAAGUUACUGGAGGUGUUGAAAUUGUUAUAAUAAUGUUUUUCACAUUCAGACAUCUUACAGUCUGGAACACAGCAGCACAACAUGCUAAUCAGCAUUUGAGCUUCCCACAGUGGGCUUAGUGUCAGAGGGAAAUGGUUGCAAUGUGAAGCUGAUCAGUGAGAUAAAUCUAGACUCCGUGUUACCUCCUGUUCACUUUUUUUAUUGUGAAAUGUCACUUUGGGAAACUUGUCACCCUGUGUCAUCUAUAUGUCCUCUCCUCAAUUGUACCGCUCUGACUGGAUACUGUGUCCCGUACCCUCAGUGGACAAAAAGUAGUUUCUGAGUUUAUUUUGUAGUCACAAUAUGUUUUACUUCAAUGAAAAGAAGACGCAAAACGUUUGAUGGAAAGCUGCACUUUUGAGGAGGGGCUGAUCUUGUUGGUCCUAUCUUUAUUAUUCAUCCUUUAGCUCCUCUAUCUUCUUUAACUGGCAGCUCCCCCAGUGGUUUAACAGUGUAACUACUCUGAUACGGUUUGAGACACUGCUGCACCUGUGUUUUACCUGCAGGAGAUGAGUGAAUGGGCAGAUGGCCAUACUGAAGAAUGUGUUUUUGGGAGACUGGGGGUACCCAUUUGAGUUGAGCACCUGAAAGCAAUAUAUUGUACAUUUUGCAUCUUGACAGGAAAUUAAGACAAAAUCAGGAAUUCUUCUGCUUGUUAUACAAUGUUUUUUUUCUACUCUGCUGUUUCUAUCAAGGUCUUUAGAAUUUGUUAGGUAAUCAAGAAAAAAACUGUUGUGUUUGAUACGAGUCAAAUGCAAAACAAACAUUUGUGCGCUCUAUGUAAAAGUUGGAACAAUCUAAUGACGAUGAAUGUCUUACUUUUUAGCGAUCAGUUGUGGUCAUGCCACUGGUUCUGAUCCCCUUGAGUUCUGUCUUGUACUGUAAGAAUACCUGUCAUAAAUGUAAUGGUCAUUUGGGUUUUGCCUGACAGUAAUUAUUAAAAGACAAAGUAAAUUUGAAA